CUUCACUCUGUGUGAAUGAUUGUUUAGACUAUCUUGGCAACCAGGCGUCAGGAACACUACCUGGUGAUCAUUCGCAAAAAAUGCCUCCAAAGAAGAAAGGUAAAGGUGGCAAGAAAGGCAAGAAGGGUAAGAAAGGGAAAGGAGACAAGGGAGAUGGCGACGAGGCAGCGGGGACAGCCGCACCGUCCGCCGAGCCACCAGAAGGCGAGGACAGAGAGGAGCUGCUGGCCAAACAACUUCAGAGUGUGAAUGAUGAGUUAGCGGAGAAGAAGAGGCGUGUUGAGGAGUUAAGGAAGGAGAACGAGUGGCUGCAGCAGGAGGCUCACCAGACACGGGUGGAGAGUCAUGAGUACAUGUCUUAUAUGGCCAAGAAAACACACAAGAGACAGUCCACUAUUGUCUCUCUCAGCGACCAGAACCAGAAGGAAAUUGAAAAGCUGCAACAGGAGAAAUCAGAGGUGUUGGCAGAGUAUGAGCAGAAGAAAGCAGGACUGAGGCAGCUGCUGCUGGAGAGGGAGAAUGAGCUGGCUAAAACAAAGAAAGAGUUGCAAGAGUUGGAUGAGUUCAAAAAACUACAGGCAGACCAGAUAUCACGAAUCAAGGAUCUUGAGCGAGAAGUCCUGAAGAUGCGUGGCGUACACUCGGACACACUGCAGCAGCUCAAGGCACAGUUCCUGAAGGAGAAGAGUGACUACCAACACGAGUCUGACCAGCGCAUCACCUCCAUGGGCAAACUGGCAAACAAGGAGGCAGCCAGGUGUCUGGAUGAACACACACAGAUGAUCAAACUCGAGAACCGUCAACUGAGACAUGAACUGCUGAACCUGAUCAAGGAAACAAGAGCGUUGCACGAGCACAAACUUCGCCUGGAGGAUCAGAGGAAGGAGCUGCUGAGGGAACAGCAGUAUGCCAAGGACCUGGCUGUCCUUAGGAGCGCCAGACAGCACAAGGUGCUCAAGUCGUUUGGGCUCCUAGAGGACCAGCAAGGGGAGGGUGAACCUGAAGAAUACUAAU